AUGGUCAUGGCCGGGGCUGUGCAGUGCAUCAAGGUGGUGUGGGAGUACGGUCAUGGCCGGGGGCUGUGCAAUGCAUCUCUCCCCCUUGAGGAUGAAAUGACUCUUCCGCCCAGCCACUGUACCUUCUGCGGACAGGAGGGCGACUCUGUCAGCUCCGGACAGGAGGGCGACUCUGUCAACUCCGGACAGGAGGGCGACUCUGUCAGCUCCGGACAGGAGGGCGACUCUGUCAGCUCCGGACAGGAGGGCGACUCUGUCAGCUCCGGACAGGAGGGCGACUCUGGCAGCUCCGGACAGGAGGGCGACUCUGGCAGCUCCGGACAGGAGGGCGACUCUGGCAGCUCCGGACAGGAGGGCGACUCUGGCAGCUCCGGACAGGAGGGCGACUCUGGCAGCUCCGGACAGGAGGGCGACUCUGGCAGCUCCGGACAGGAGGGCGACUCUGGCAGCUCCGGACAGGAGGGCGACUCUGGCAGCUCCGGACAGGACGCAGGCACAGGACUCACCAGGCUGGGGAGACCUACUGGAGGCUUGGUCCGUGGAGGAGGUAUAGGAUAGACCGGGCUGUGGGGGAGCACUGGAGAUCUAGUGCGUAGCCUUGUCACCACUCUUCCUGGCUGAAUGCCCAGUCUAACCCAGUCUAGUUCUCCUGGCGAACUGGAGAAACCGUGCUUAGAGCUGGCGCAGGAUAUCCUGGCCCGAGGAGAUGCUCUGGAGAGCAGGGCUGGCACAAUCCGUCCUGGCUGGAUCCUCACCCUAGCACGGCAGAUGCGGGGAGCUGGGAUGUAGCACACCUGGCUAAGAACGCGUAAUGGAGAAACCGUGCGCUCCACCGCAUAACACGGUGCCUGACCAGUACGACGCCUGCCACGGUAAGCAUGGGGAUUUGGCUCAGGUCUCCAACCUGACUCUGCCACACUCCCCGUGUGCUCCCCCCAAAAGUUUUUUUCGGGCUUCCUUGCCAGCCGUGUUCCCUCAUAAUGUUGCCGCUCAGCCUUAGCUGCCUCCAGUUCCUCCUGUGCGCGGCGAUACUCCCCCACGUGCCUCCAGGGUCCCUUCCCUUCCAAAUCAAAUCAAAUCAAUCAAAUCAAAUUUUAUUUGUCACAUACACAUGGUUAGCAGAUGUUAAUGCGAGUGUAGCGAAAUGC